UAUAAUAAAAAAAUAUCGUAUCACAUUCGAGUACAAAUGUAAACUGUUCACGUUCCGCUUUGAAAAUCUACUGCGCAUACGCGAGAAUUCUUUUAGUAUCUGGCAGGAUAGUUGAUUCAGUUCAAGGAAAUGGCGUCUCGUAGGUGGAGAUCAUUGCGUCGAAUUUCACGAAUCAUGAAUGAAUUUUAACGUUCAUCACAUAUCUUUUUUUAAUUACGUGUGUUAUUAAUCGUGUAUUGAUUAGAACAACUAUUGAACGAUGAAUGAAAUAAGCGGUAGUAAACAAGAGUUACCAAAUACUUCGGCUUGGGAAACUCUGUCAGCACCAUCUCUAUCUUCGGCAUCUAAUAUGCACCAUCAUCAUCAAACGUUGCAGCAGGAUACAAGUACAACAGUUAUGCAAGUUAUAGUUCCUACUCCUGUUAAACUUCAAGGUCCUAUAUUAUCUCCAGCUCAAACGGUAACCGAUCAUUGUUCGCAACUUGGACAUCUGCAACAAACACCUUUAAUGACUCAGGGCUUAGCACCAACAAAUUUUUCUGAUCUUGAACUUUCGCCCGAGCUUCAACAACAAGGUUGGAAAAAAUUCUGGAGUAAACGAGAGAACAGGCCUUAUUUCUGGAACAAGUUAACGGGUGAAUCUUUGUGGGUUGUCCCCUCUUUGAAAUCUCAGUUUGAUCCAAUCACGGAUCCCCUUGGCAUAUGCGGUGUACCUCCAGUUCCUGGAAACGGAUCAAUACCUCUCUGUACACCAAGUGGUGGAGUAAAACGCAGAGCUUCAGAAGACGGUACUGCACCAGCUCCAAAAAAAUUUGUAUUAGCAGGUCCGUGGGAUCUUGAAAUUCCAACAAAUGUAAUAAUUCACGAACGAGCACCAUCAAAUUUGCCACAUGUCCAUCCUGAAGUAGAAGCUUUACGAUGUGGUUUACUUGCAAAGUUACGUUUGUGCUAUCAAGAGCUUUGCCAUACACGAGAAUCCAUAGAUGCCCCUAAAGAUUCUUUUAACAGAUGGUUAAUGGAACGUAAGGUUAUAGACUGUGGAUCAGAUCCAUUGCUGCCAAGUCAGUGCUUUCCAGAGAUCUCUAUGUCAAUGUAUCGUGAAAUUAUGAAUGAUAUCCCUAUUAAAUUAGUAAGACCAAAAUUUACUGGUGAUGCUAGAAAACAAUUAUCGCGUUACGCGGAAGCAGCUAAGAAAAUGAUAGAAUCAAGAGCAGCAUCUCCUGAAAGCAGAAAAGUUGUAAAAUGGAAUGCCGAAGAUACGUUUCAAUGGCUCCGACGGACAGUCGGUGCAACAUUUGAUGACUUUCAGGAUCGACUUGCCCAUUUGAAACGUCAAUGUCAACCUCACCUUACUGAAACUGUAAAAGCAAGUGUCGAGGGUAUUUGCUUAAAAAUUUAUCACUUGUCUACAGAAUACGCAAAAAAAAUUAAGGAUAAAAAUAAUCAAAUAUUAAAAGACAAUGGUUUAGGGGAUGUGAUACCAUUGGGGGGACCUGCUAGUACGCAAAGAAAAGUUUGGUGUUAUCCAGUGCAAUUUUCUCUUCCUACUCCUCGGCUUCCACAAGUGGAUUAUCUUCCUGAACGUGAUCAAACAAUGUUACGUUUUCAUGGUGACACUAUGUGUAUUAACAAUACACACUUGACAAAAUUAGAACAUUUGUAUAGGUACAAUUGUUUUGAUGAUAAAAAAUUUGAAAUGUUUUUACCUCGUGUAUGGUGUAUGUUAAAACGAUAUCAAACAUAUCUUGGCAAUGAGGGACAAGCAACUCAGAUGGCUUUGCCAGUUACAGUUUUUGAGUGCCUCCAAAGAUCAUUUGGCGUGACAUUCGAGUGUUUUGCAUCUCCUUUAAAUUGUUACUUUAGGCAAUAUUGUUCAACGUUUGCUGACACAGACUCCUAUUUCGGAUCAAGAGGUCCUUUUCUGGAUUUUAGACCUGUAAGCGGCUCUUUUCAAGCUAAUCCACCCUACUGUGAAGAACUCAUGGAAGCAAUGGUUAAUCACUUCGAACGUCUCUUAGCAGAUUCAACUGAACCUUUGUCUUUUGUUGUAUUUUUACCAGAAUGGCGAGAUCCAGCACCUAAUGCUCUCUUAAAGCUAGAGAGUAGUCAUUUUAAGCGUAAACAAGUAGUAGUACUUGCAAUGGAACAUGAAUACAGACAUGGACUGCAACAUAUAUUACCAAAAGGUGAAGUAAAUAUCAGGGCUGCUCAUGGAACUUUGGUUGUAUGGCUUCAAAAUGCAGCAGGUGCUGCAAGAUGGGGUCCUACUGAGGAACGUGUAGAGGCAUUAUUGGAAGCUUGGCGUCCAGGAAGAGAAAGAGAAAGAGAUAAACAAGAACUUCUUUCCCCACCUAGACAAACUCACCAACAGAUUCCUGCAACACCAGUUCCAGUGUUAGCAACGCAAACUCCUCCAACAAUGCCACUUUCACAAACAUUAUCUACGCAUCCUACAUAAUCAUAUACAAAAAAUUUCUAAUAUAAAUUUAAUCUCAGUUCAUAAUAUGUAAAAAGAUCACAAUCGCUAGCAGAAUCAUAUAUCCUUUUUAAAGCAUCGGACUUCAUACGUCUAAUGACACAUUCUAACUUUACUUCGUGUACAUAUUUCUCCUAAAAUACUUAGUUUACAUAUACAAUUAUAUUUUAUAUCGAAAUUAAUAAUAAUUGUGCAAGUCAACAGAUUGGAUCCAAUGUAUAAAUAUGUAUUUCUAUGCAAUACUUGUUUCUAUAUCUACAUUGCAUUCUGUAUUCAGUACAUCCUAGUUAUGUUAAACACAUUUUGCUUUUCUUCUUGUUAUAAUAAUAUUUAAGUACAAUUGCAUUAGAUAAUUAAGUAAUGAAUAGUAAAACUAAUAUAAAAAGUAUGAUGAAAAAAAAUAUAUAUAUACAUAUAUCUAUUAUAUAGGUAUAAAAAAAUGCACUCUCUCUAAUUUGAUAAUAACCUCGUGUCACAAUGUCUAAUUUUUAUAAUAACAUUAAUUAAUUAUGAUCAAUACGUAUAUUAGACUUUGUGAGACGCGAUGUGUAAGAUAUUAGGUAUACUUGCCAUGCAAGAUAAAAUUGGUACUAUUGUAAAAGAUUAAGAGAUAAAGUCUAUAUAAUUAUUUAUACACGCACACAGAAUGUUGCAAUUAGUGAUCAAUAUGAGCACAUAGCCAAGUUUAUUAAAAUUUAUGUUACUAAAACGCGCUUUAUGCAAUUAUUUUUAAGAGAGAGAUAUAUAUAUAUAUCUUA